AAAAAAACCCAACAGCAUGUUAACAAAUUCACUGAAGCAAUAAAGACCACAAAGUAAGCAAGGUUUUUUUCUUCCCUAAAAAUUAGAAGACCAAGCCUGAGAAGCAGAUUUGACCAGAAACCAUGGCAGACAUCUUCAUACUCAUGCUGUUCUUUGUCCUAAAUGGAGCUGAUGGUUCUCAUAUUGUUGGAGGCAGAGAUUCUGCUCCCCACUCGCGCCCCUACAUGGCCUCACUGCAAAUCCAAGGUCGCCCUAACUGCGGGGGUGUGCUGGUGAGAGAAGACUUUGUGCUCACAGCAGCACAUUGUGCGGUACCUCUCCAAUACACAGUUGUGGUUGGAGUUAAUUCCCUGUCAGGUAAUGAGGCUACAAAGCAGGAACUCACUGCGGUCAGAUCCUUUCCACAUCCCAACUACGAUGGACAUGCAAAUGAUAUCAUGCUCCUAAAGCUCAACAGCAAGGUCCAACUGACUGAAGCGGUGCAGCUGAUCGCUCUGAAAACUGGCAGGAUCAAUGUAGCCACUCAGUGCCUCACAGUUGGCUGGGGGGAUAUAGGGGAUAACAACACCUUAGCUAGGACGCUUCAGGAAGUCAACGUAACCACCCUGUCACAGCCGGUAUGUCGUCUCAGAUGGAGGGGGGUUCCCAUCACCAGGACAAUGAUUUGUGGCAUUGGGUCACAUUCCUUUCAAGGCUUCUGCUCGGGGGAUUCAGGUGGUCCUUUGGUGUGUGAUGGAGCUACAGCAGGCGUUGUCUCCUUCUCUGGCCGUAAAUGCGGAGACUCCAAGACCCCCGAUGUCUACACACGCAUAUCAUCCUUCAGGGAAUGGAUUAGGAGUGUGUUAAACAACAAUUAGGCAAAUUUGAUCAGCUGAUAAUGUGUUAGUGUGUUUGACUUGAUUGUAUACUUCAAGGCAAGGCUUUUAUUAAUAUACAAACAUGUGCUGUUAUUUUGUUUAACAUCUGUUUAACAAUGCAGUGCUGUGGCUGUUGAGAUGAAAUAGAUUAUUCUGCUCUUUU